AUGCCGCUAUUGGGCCCAGCAAGUCUGCCUUCUGGCGAGCAGAGCGCACCAGCGGCCGGACAACCACCCGAGCACGAAGAACCGAAUGACGAAGCCGAGGUGCACCCGCGAGAAGACAGAGAAGCGCCACAGCAACAACCAUCAGAUACACCAAACGAGAGCAAGGGGGGGUCCAAGGAAAAGCGUGGCAGGAAGGGUGGGAGGAAGCUGGGUACGGCAGCUGGAGACAGUGGCUCCGACUCCGACGAGCAAUGGAAUGAGGACUCCGACGAGGAUGGCAACGAGCACAGGCGCUCCCGGGCAGAUUCCUGGAUUCCCAGAACGUGGAGGAAGGGAACGUCUACUCCUAAUAUGCAGGCGAACAGGGCAGCAGAACGCAGUGCGACAUCUGAGACUCCGGCCGCGAUACGGAGAUGCCGUGUCUAG